AUGACAAUAACAGGGCCUGUAAACUUAUCUGCUGAGCAUUUGCAACAUUUGAACGAAAAACUUCAGGAGUUAUCACCAGAGGAAAUCAUCAAGUGGGCUUAUAUUACUUUUCCAAACUUAUAUCAAACCACUGCUUUUGGAUUAACAGGAUUAGUUACCAUAGAUAUGAUCUCAAAGUUAAAACCAGAAGAAGAUCAUUUGAUAGACCUUAUUUUUAUUGACACUUUGCAUCACUUUCCUCAAACUUAUGAUUUGGUUAACAACGUAAGCAAAAAGUAUAAUUCUAAGAUCCACACAUUCAAACCGUUAAACGUCGAAACUGAAUCUGAAUUUGCACAAAGAUACGGAGAUCAACUAUGGGAAACCAACGACUCGUAUUAUGAUUUCUUAAUAAAGGUUGAGCCUUCUCAACGAGCAUAUAAAGAUUUGCAAGUGGUUGCAGUGUUGACAGGUAGAAGAAAGUCCCAAGGUGGGGCCCGUGGCUCAUUGCCGGUGAUUGAAAUUGAAGAAUCGAGUGGUACCAUCAAGAUUAACCCGUUGUGUAACUGGGACUUCAAUAAGGUGAAAAGCUACAUCGACGAAAAUAACGUGCCGUAUAAUGAAUUAUUAGAUUUAGGCUACAAAUCGAUCGGUGACUGGCACUCGACUGUCCCCGUUGCCGAAGGUGAAGAUGAAAGAAGUGGUAGAUGGAAGGGUAAAGCCAAGACUGAAUGUGGGAUUCACGAAACUAGCAAGUUUGCCCAAUAUUUAAAAUCGAAUGAGAAUCCUACCAUCAAUUCUUAG